AAAAGUGCAGCAGGCUACAGUCUGCCUCGCUUGCUGAACUGUACAUAGAUAAAAGCACCGAUCCAGCCCGUAGGGUUGGUUCCGAUGCGGCAUAUACCUCUCUCUUGUGUUCUUCCUCAUAUCACCACCGCGACCACUCACAUCAUGUCACCGACCGUCGCUUCAACUGCUCCAACGCAGUCCCAACCUCACCCUUUCCCCCAAAGCAAAGCUCCCCUCACCCGCCAGGCAUGCAACCGUUGCCAUGCCUCCAAACUGAAAUGCCUUCGCCCGCCUGGUGUAACCACGAGUAAAACCUGCAUCCGUUGCAUCAAGGCGGAUACGGAGUGCGUCUAUGACCCGCCGCAGCGGCUUGGUCGGCCUCGACAGAAAAGCCGACCUCAACCCGAGACAGUCCCCCGCAUUGAAGCUCGAGAACCCGAGGUCACCGAAUCACGGUCUCGGCAUGGAACGACGAUCGGGUCUCGCUGGGAUCGAGAGAGCCUCCCACCAUCAGCAAGUCCAUACACCACGGCGAAGAGCCCAGAGAAUCGAAGUGUCCUGUUGACCGGGCUGGAGUACACCUCGUCGCACUUCCCCGAGCCCCUGGGCGAACGAACCAGUGAGCUCCUGGAUGCAUUUCAGUCGGACCCCAUGCAGCUAGAUGUUGAUUCAUACUGGGGAGAGACCGGCGCGGCAAUGGCCUCCUCCGAACCCGCUCCAUACUCAGACCUUCUCGCCGGUCCAAUUGACCUCGACUUCACCGUUCCUGAUACAGCAGCAGCCAUCGAUUGUUCGAGGAUCUCAAAGUGUCCGAUCGAUCCAUCUUUGGCCCCGUCAGACACGGAGUGCACCACCAAUGACUAUGUGCUCGACCUCGUUCAGCUGCAGGCGAGCGUCAACCAAAACAACCGAGAGCUUGCUGCGAUGAUCCGAAAGGCCCAGUCGACCAUGGAGGUCUCCGAGGACCGAUCAGGGCACAGCUUGCCUAUUCCAGAUUCACAGUUCAAGACCCAUCUGCAGCGGAAUCUGAAGGCAUCCGAGCAAUCGUUGGAUGUGCUACACCGCAUCAAUCCACACUUCGCGCCUGCGCUACGCGAGUCUCGGCCGCCUUCCCGGCCGUGCGGCUUGGACCUCAGCCUCGACCGACUCUACGCCAACUGCGUCAAUCAAGAUCAUUCUUUUGGCGUCAGUGGAGGAAGUAUCUGCCGCAGACCCGCAACACAGCAUUCUUGCCUUCCUCGUGCUGACGAUCUAUCUCCGGCUCCUGCACAACUUCGACGCCUUGAUCUCCAUCCUGCAAGACCGUUACGGUGCUCAGCCAGUCUCGACACACGACAUCCGUCGCACCCAGCCUUCAGCCACCAGAAAGAUCUUCCCACGGCUGACGCGAGUUCCAACCCCUUGCUCGACGUCUCCCUCGGAUCAUUCUCCGUCUCCUCCUCGUCCGCACGCUCACUACAAGCCAUGCUCAACGUGCAAAUGAUCAACACGGUUCUCACUACGAUCAAAUCAUCGACCCAGCGCAUGUUGCUGGGCCCCGACUACCUUCGCCUUCCUCUUCGUCUGCCUCAUCCACCACCUCCUCUUCAUCCUCCAGAGUCCCCUACAUCCCUCUAA